AAAGAGCGCUGUUGUUGUUGUUGUUGUCUUCCGGGUGAGCCGCAGUCGUCUUCGUCGUGCUCUUAAACCGUGACACGGAGCCGGUCGCCUUCCUCCCUCCGCCGCCGAAGAUUCAAGCAGCAUGCGGGUCCCCGCCGAUGGAUGUCUCGACAAACACUGAGGAGAUCUUAGCUGAUCCAGCUGCUUGAACUCGAGCACAAUGUCGGUGGAGAAGAGGUCUUCGUGUUUCCCGUCGGACUGGGAGGACGACGAGCGAAUGGCUUUCUUGUUCUCUGCCUUCAAAGAGAACCGAGAUGUUGACAGCACGGACUGGGAUGGGAAGAUCGACUUCUGGAGCCCUCUGAUCGCUGAUCAGUGCCGGCGGCGCGGGACGGUGUGCGUGAGUCUGCAGGAGCUGAACGAGAGCUUCAGGAGGAAGGGCUGCGUUCCUCUGGGCUUGAGCACGGUUCUUCAGAGCAUGGUUAGAAGCGGGAAGGUGCAGAAGGAAUCGGACUUCGCUGCAAACGUGGACUCGGGCUGGUUGUCGUGGGGGGUCGGACUCUUGCUGGUUCGACCUCUGAAGUGGACUCUGUCGGCUCUGCUGGGCAGCGGCAGGGUCCCGCUGGAGGAGUCGUUUGUUGUGAUUGACCUGGUCAAAGAAAAGGCUGCGGCGCUCCUGGCGACGUAUCGGGCUUCUCCUUUAGCAGCACAUUCUCUGUUGUCCUUCCAAGAGCUGCGUGCUCUCUCCUCUCACAUCUGUCCCGAUGAAAGCUCGCUCUGCCUGGCCCUGCUGCAGCUGCAGAGAGAGAAACACGUCACCGUCUCGCUCCAUGAAGGAGAGAAGCUGGUGAAAUUUAGUCAGGCAGGACAAGGCCGCGUAUCCCCCGUCAGCGAGGUGGACCUGGGCAUCUAUCAGCUCCAGCGCAGCGAGAAGCUUCUGGAGGAGAGGGUGGAGGCGUUGGGACAGGAAGCAGAAAAGUGCAAGCAGCAGGCAAAAUCGCUGCUUCGAGAGGGGAAGAAAUCUCAGGCCCUGAGGUGUUUGCGCGGGAGCAAGCGGGUGGAGAAGAAAGCGGACCGUCUGUUCGCUCAGCUCGAGACGGUGAAGGGGAUCCUGGACAGAAUAGCCAACUCCCAAACCGACCGGCUGGUGAUGCAGGCAUACCAGGCAGGUGUGGCGGCUCUGAGGAUCUCCUUGAAGGGUGUGACGGUGGAGCGAGCAGAAAACCUGGUUGAUCAGAUACAGGAGCUAUGCGACACUCAGGAUGAAGUCAGCCAGACUCUCGCCAGUGGAGCGCCGGAUUCUGGUGAGGAUUCAGAGGAGCUGGAGGAGGAGCUGAAGUCAUUAUUGGAGAAAGCCGCCCCAGAUAACGACGUGCUCCCGGUGGUCCCAACGCAUCCUUUUUCUCCUCCAAGGAAAACGGGUAUCCUGGAUGCUGACUUUGUCCAGUCUCUGCCCUCUGUGCCUGAUUCCGGUCUAGGCAUCACAGACGAGGAACUGGACAGAGAACUAAGUCGACUUUCAGUCUCUGACACAGCUCACAGAAGGCCGGAGGCGGCGCAGUGACCGAGCGUUCAGCACAAGCAGCCACUAAAAUGGGUUAAACGCUGUCCACUAAAGAAAGCCAUCAGAUACAGUACUCGUGUGUCCUUGCAUUGUAAUAAGUCCUAUCAAGUCUUUAUGAAAAGCCCUUAUUCAUGUUUGUAAUGGCAUGUCUAUUUUUGUUUUUUAAAGAUAGUUUUAAGAGUGGCCUUUUUGAGUUUGUAAAGUCUGUACAAUGUAAUAUUCUAAUAAAACUACAAAUUAUGAUGACAAAUAGAGAA